CAUCAAACACUUUCAAAAUGUCGGGAGCAUUAUUUGGCAAUACGAGCGGACGCUCACAGAGCAAGAAUUUAGUAGAAUUUCGAGCCGGAAAAAUGCAUAUGAAGGGGAAAAUGGUCCAUGCAGACAAAAGGAAGGGUUUGGUAUAUGUACAUCAGUCGGACGACUCACUGAUGCAUUUUUGCUGGAAGGACAGAACGACCGGAAGUGUCGAGGAUGACCUUAUCAUUUUCCCGGAUGAUAUCGAGUUCAAGCACGUGAAGCAGUGUACAACUGGCCGGGUGUUUGUUCUGAAGUUUAAGUCAUCGACUAGGAAGUUCUUUUUCUGGAUGCAGGAGCCGAAAUCUGACAAAGAUGAGGAGUACAGCAAGAAAGUGAAUGAAUACCUCAACAACCCGCCCACACCCGGCUCCAACAGGGGAGGGGAGGGAUCUCUGCCUUCAGACCUGGCCAAUCUAGCAGGUGACUCCGACAUUCAGAGUAUCCUGGGAGGCAUGAGUCAGCAGCAGCUGAUGCAGCUACUCGGUGGGAUGGGAGGGCCUGGCGGGGGACUGUCCGCACUCAUGGGACGUCCCGGCAGUGCUCAGUCAACCGCGUCUGAACCACCCCUGCGUGUGCAGUCCUCCCCGGGAACCCGCAGUGCGGCGUCUGAGACUCCAACCCAGCCCAGACCAGUCACUGCAGUGGCCCUGCCCUCCCACGGGACUACCACGACCUCGGCGGGAACCGCAGGUGGCACAACGACCACCACACCUGCAGGACGUGGGACCAGGGCUUCGGCCGCAGGAGGCAAACCUGCCAUACAGCUCAGUGACCUGCAGAACAUCCUGUCUAACAUGAAUGUUCCUGCAGACAAAGAUGUGGACCUGUCAAAGGCCCUUGACCCCGAGUCCAUGGUCCCGAUACUGGCCAACCCAGAGGUCCAGCAACGCCUGAUCCCUUUCCUGCCGGAGGGUGGGGCCCUACCGAAGUCCGAGGAGGAGUUAAGGGCCACGAUCACCAGCCCCCAGUUCAAGCAGGCCCUUUCCUCGUUCAGUUCGGCCCUGCAGUCGGGCCAGCUCGGUCCCCUUAUGUCACAGUUCGGUCUUGGGGAAGACGUGGCUAAUGCAGCUGCGCAAGGAGACAUAGAGGCAUUUGUCAAAGCGAUGCAAGCCAACAAGAAAUCUAAAGACAAGGAUGAGCCCGAGGAUAUGGACCAAGACUAAAUAACUCUGCCAUACAUUUCACUAAGCCACAGAAAAAAUGUGUUUCUUUUAACCAAAUAACACCUUUAUACGUUGAGAGAUUAAACCAUAUAGAAUGUCAAUAUAUUUCAAUGACAAUUGUUUUCUGUGACAUCUGUAUUUGUCUUAUAUGAGAUAGUGUUUAGACACUGCUUUUGAGUUUCGUUUCCUUAAACUUAUAAAUAAAAACUUAAAACAUUCUAAUAUUUUUAAAAUUUAAAUUUUGUUUGGCCUUGUUUGAUGACAUGAAUACAUACAUGUAUGUGUUACAUAUACUCAUUGGGUAAGCUUUUUUUGUUUUAUCAGUAUGCAAAAUACAGGUCUAUGAACAUGUCACUUUGUUAGAAUGUUGAUACUGUUAUGUGAUCGCCUAUUUGUGAAUAUGUCAAGACUUAUAAAUAGUUCAUCUUACCUACAUCAUAAUGCAUUACGAACUCGUUGACGUUUUUGUCAAUAUGCAUAUUACAACAAUUGUAAGAACAUCAGAAAUUAAAAAUAUAAACAAAAAAUUACUUAACAUUA